AUGACUCUGGCGAACUAUUUCCUUUUCGUUUCGAUAUUUCUUGAUAUCUGCAGUUUGAAAUUAGCGGCAGACUGUCAGAAAGGAUGCGAACAAAGCAGAGGAAGUAUUGGUAAAGCGGGAAUGAAAAAUCUGGCUAUGCAAGGGCACAGCUUUAGAAAUUACACGCUGUCGAAGCCGUAUGACUGUCAUGUAAAAUGCUUUGAGGAGAAAUGUAAAUGCCAAGCGUACCAAAUAAGGGAAAAUCGAUGCGAGUUGCUGGAUGAAGAUAGAUUUUCUGCUCCUGAAGACUUUUUCAAGGAAAAGGGAUACACGUAUUAUGAUAUGAAUAGAGAAUACGUCAAUCAGGUAACCAGUGAAUCUAAUAUCCAAUGUGUUCCUGCUUUGCCAAAGAUAGGCUUUGAGAUUUUAAGGUACACACAUGUGUACGAGGUUCCAGAACACCCUUCCACAAAAUUCCACAAGGAGAUUUCAUUGAUGAAAUUUUCUAAUUUUAGAAAUUGAUAAUGGCGCGAGCUUGUAUGUUAGUAUUUUAGGAUCUCUUUGAUAUUUUUACUUCAUCGAAAUUUUAGCCUAUGAUAGAGGAAUGUGUAUUGGUCAUAUGAUGACUCCCGCUUAAAAGCUAGGUAAGUGUAUGUCCGCUAAUUUUAGAAAGUCGAUAAUGACGUGAGCUUGUAAAUUAGUGUCUUAGGAUCUUUUUGCGUUCGAGGUACGACAACGCGACCCCUAAUUUGUGUUGGGAGUUCUGUGCAUUAUUUGAGUACCCUGUGCAAUUAAUAAGGGAGGUUUUUUCGAGAUUGCAUUUGUCGUCGUCGUCGACACACAUUUGCCUCGCUUUGAGGCGCUUGCUUACGUUUUGCCUCACUUUGACGAACUAACUCACGUGGUGAUUCGUGCGUCCUUCUUUUAUUCUGUCUUCGUAAAGUGUUCAUCUUUCAAGAGUUUGCUGAAUGUCUACUAUCGAUCUGUGUUUGCUGAAUCUNCAGAACAAAAUAUUUGGAAAAAAUUUAAAACAAGCCCCAAGAGUCCCCCUCAAAGCCAUGAAAGUAAAGCGAAAUUUUGUUUACCCAACCUUUCAAACCGUGUGUCAAAAAAUCGGGGGACAUAGGGUUACGGAAAAAAUUACCGGGCCUUUUGGGGUCCGGCCCCCCCCCCCCCCCCCCGAUCUCAGCUUUCAAAUUUCGUGUUGCUUUUUUAAGGAUGUGGUACUUUAAAGUCUUGUUCCCUAAUUUUCAGCACCCUCUUUUCUUGGGGGACCCCUUUAUGUCCCUCUUGAAAUUAAGAACUUUUGGUUACACUUCCCCUCAUGGUUCAGGUCGUUCGAAUCCUAAAAAUAUUGGAUGGAUGAACAAUAUCUGUAACUCACUUCACGUGGUUUCGGUGUUCCGUUUCGUAUUUUGAGGCAGAGGUUUCUUAUUACUUAAGAGAUUACUUAAGGGCCAAGUUGAAUGAUAUCGACGUUAUGCGCUUGAAUUUCGAUGGAUGUAAAAAAUACGAAUUUAUUAGCAUCCGAGGAUAUAACUGUAGCAACUGUACGGCUCAGUUCGUCCAAACAGAUAAUUGGCAUGCGCAUACUGAUUCGUUUUGGGGUCCAAAGAUCGGGUGUCAGUUUACCAGCCAAUCCACAGGUGCAGUGAGGUUACUGGGAGGGGAGGAUAACUUUGGAUGGUAUCAAACAGUCAAUCCGGCUCACAGAUGUACAUCUAGUAAUGAUUCAACAACACAGUGGUGGCUUGGAGUUCUAAUUCGGCGUCACUAG